AUGCUGGUGGCCUGGAUGAGCGCGGGCUCCCUGGGCAUGAUGGUUGCCAGGUUCAACAAAAAGCUGGGCAAAGGUCGCACAAUGUGUGGGAAGGAGCUGUGGUUUGUGGGGGCGCAUCCAGUGCUGGGCUGUCUGCUCAUGAUUCUGUCCCUGCUCCAGCCACUAGGGGCAGUGCUGCGCUGUGGACCUCAGCACCCGAGGUUGAUUGACAGCUCCCAGAAUCAAUGGCUGCUGAAGGUGAUGGGAGGCUUCGUGGGAUGGGAGGCACUGUACUUCCUCCUCUCCGACUUGGACCUGAGGUGGAACCAGAACAAUGACGGGCUCUUCCUCCUGGGGAACCUGGCCUUCCUGGUGGCUCUGCUGGUGGGCAUCGGCAUGUCCUGA